UCCACGACAACUGCUCAGCCCACAUCCUCGCCGGGUGUCUUGCCAACGUUCGAGAAUGACGGGCCGGCGUUCAACAAGGCAGAUCUCAAGUACAACCCCAGCAACGAGUUAAUCUUCCCCAGCGUCUUCGAUGCCGGCCUCCACUUCAGAGAAGCCGCUCUCUCAAAAUGGUACUUAUACUACGCGCCGCACGACAACCCCGGCGGUAUCUCAUUCGUGUACUCCGAUAAUCUCGACGGGCCAUGGACCGAGUACCAGAGCAACCCGGUCAUCUCUAGGGACUGGCCUGCGCUGGGUAGCCCGCCGCCCGGGCAUGUCUCCAGCGCAGACGCAGUCUGGAACGAGGAAGAGCAAAAGAUGUACAUGUACUUCCAUGGCGACAACAGCGUCACCCGCUGGGCUACAUCAGAAGAUGGCAUCAACUUCGAUUACGGCGGUAUUGCGGUUAGCAACUCUGACGCGCCUGUUACCACUACUGAGUCGAGUUACGCUCGCGUCUUCCGCCACCCCGACCGAGACUCUGAAUAUACCUGGGCAAUGUUCUACAUGGUCAACGAGCCCAACAACAUCCGAAAGAUCAGACUCGCCGAGUCCUUCAACGGAGAAGACUGGACGGUCGCUGAUGACUAUGUUGUCAGCGAGCCCGGCGUUAACGUCUCGGGUGGCAACCUCUGGGAGUGGGACGGCCAGCUCUACGUCGUCUAUCACAGCGGCGCUGGCAAGAUCUACGCCCGAACCAUUGAUGAGACCUUGCGGGAUGUGGGAACCGAGGCUGUCGUGCUCUCUGAGGCCAGUGGGCGUGUUGCUGCCCCUUACUUUGUUACAGAGGCUGGCACGACGUACAUGUUUUAUGAGGCGGGUGCUCGGUCGUCGACUAGCAUCGCGUAUGCU